AUGCCGUUGAUACUGAAAAGCUACAGCUGGCAGCAGCGGGACACCGGGCCUCACAUCCUGCUGGCGGUCCCGUUUCCGGCGAACCACCUCCAGCAGGACGACAUCUUUACGACCGAGCAGUUCGUGAAAAUCUCCAAAGCCCCGCACUACUGGGAGCUGUUCCUGUGCCAUCCCAUCGAUCCAGACGCAAGCCGCUGCUCCAUCCUGGAGCACGAGGUAAUCUUCGAGCUCCAGAAGCAGGAUCCAUCGAUUCACUGGGACACGGCCGAAGCGGAUGUUCCGCGAAGCGAGCGGGCCACCCUCAAGGCACGCUGCCUUGAUCAGCACCGAGCCCGGCUGGAGGAACGGGCACAGCAGCGUGCGAUCGAAAAGGAUCGCCGGAAGAAGGACGAAAUCUAUCGGCAGAUUGAACGCGAGAGCAACGAACGGGCCGCGGUCGAGCGAUUGCUCGAGGACGCCAAACGUGCCGAACUGAAGCGCAUGGAGCUGGCCAUGGUGAAGGACCUGCGACCGACGACGGUGGUCGUUAAUCAGAAAACUUACCAAAAGCCGUCGGCCCAACCGGCUGCCGUGCUAGUGCGCCAGCCGGUGCCCCCAGUCCGGCCAACGGCGACCCUGACGGUCCAGUUUAGUGAGCGCACCUUCGUCACACCGAGGCGCGAGUCGAUGGAACCGGCGGAACAGGAGUGGACCCGGAAGCAGGCGGCCGCCCGUAAGGCGGUCGGGUUCGUCGACGAGGACCUGCGGCCGGACGAGCGCAACCCGGAGUGGCUCCGGCAGCGGGGUGACACGUUUUUCCAGCAAAAAAACUUUCUCGCCGCCAUUGCAGCCUACACGGCCGGAAUACGGCUCACGAAGGAUUACUACGCACUGUACUUGAACCGGUCGGCCGCACACAUUGCGCUGGAAAAUUAUCAACGCUGUGCCGAGGACUGCUCGAAAGCGCUGGAACUUUUGCAGCCCGCCGUAGAAGCGAACCGGAAGGCGCGAGUGGCGUGUCUUGCCCGGCGGGGCGCGGCCCUGGUCAAGCUGGGCUUCCUUCGACAGGGCCACGAGGAAAUGGUGGCCGCGAGUCAGCUCGCACCGGACGAGCCGAGCUUACGGCGAGAAGUCGAACUUCUACAGAGCCGUCUCGAUGCCAGCGAAGACAGCGAGUCGGACUAG